AUGAAGUUCGGCAAGACCUACAUGGAGACCAUGGCGGAUCCCGCCUUCCCCGAAGAAUGGAGGAACGGCGCUCUCGAAUACAAGCACCUCAAGAAGCUCAUCAACGGUGUCGUCGCCGAGCUCGAGUCCAUCGGUCUCGGUGCGGACGUCCUUCGAGAGCUUCUCGUCCGCCCCGAAGACGAAUCAGGAUCUUCGUCUCACGACUCGCCCAGAGUCAAGACCAAGCCCCUUCCCGAUCACACCGACGAUCCCGAAUCUGCCUUGGCGGACGAGUCCGGUGACAGCUCAGAGCAGGAAGAUGCGGAUGCCUCCUCCAAGAAGCUCACUCCAGCAGGAAAGUGGGUUAGCGACUUCUCUGUCGAGAUGAUUCGCCGAGGAUCUUCGCCAGCAACCCGCCUCGGUGUCACGGACGGCCAAGAGUCGCAGGUCGCCGGGACCAACGAGGCCUCGGCGAGCACUUCCCAAGCGCCGCCAAAAGCGUCUGCCCUUCUGGCCGUGCCCACCUCACCGAAGCCGCGCAGUCUCAGUCAAGGCGUCCAAGAGCUCAACUCCUCUGUCGACAAGAUGCAGCUGCAGUCCGAAGCACGCGGCCGCGCAUCCUUCAGCUCAGGAUCCCCUUCCAAUUCUAGCCACUGGGCAGGCCUCGGUAGGAAGGAUCUGGCUGCGAUGGGUCUGAACAAGAGGACUUCUUCUGCGCAUGCUGCAGACGCGAACGGCCAUUUCCACGAGCCAAGCCCAGGCACUCAUGACUGGAGCGCCAGUAAGUGGAGGGAAGAGGCCAAGCUGGAUUGGGAUCCUAGCUCGGGCCCCGCCAAGAACGGACGCUCGACCCUCUCGCCGCCUGCACGCUCGCAAAAGGAAAGGAGCGCCAGUCCAGCCAAGCAUCGAUGGGUGGAAGGCAAGUUUGGUCGUCGUGCGCGUGCCGAGUACGAGCUCGGCGGAACACCAGAUCAUCCAGUACCUCGCAUCCGUCUCUUCGUCGAGUCACCACUCCCCUCCGAUGACGAGGAAGAAGAAGACGAUCAUGCUACGAAUGGCGAUGGCGGCAGCAUCUCGGACGACAACAGCAGUCAGAAGAGUCUCGAAGAGAAGAUUAUCGAGCUGCCUGCCUCGACCACCAGACGCUUCUCCUCCAUCCCAGAAGACGGUCCCGAAGGCGAGACUCGAGAGCAAAAGGCGCAACGUCAAAGCGAGAUCCGUCGCAGACGAGGCACACGAUCUCGCGAAGUCGUCAUCCCACUCACCGCAGACACGCAGUUCCUCGAUACGCUGACGCACGCGCUGCAGAACCUCUCCAACAUCCAGUCCCACCAGCGUGACAACUUUGUGGUCGAGACCGAGUCGCUCUGCUCAGCCAUCGCUCGCGCAUCCAGUCCGUUCGCAUCUAAAAACGACCUCUACGUGUGGAGGGAGAUCUUCGGGCUUUGGGUCGACAUGCAGGUAUUUGAAAGUCAACGCGAAAAGGACCGCGGCGAGCUAAGCAUCGACGAAAGCGAGGCUCGACUGAAGCGAUUUGCGGUCGAGCUUGCCAAGCGCGGCUGGAUCCACGAUCCCAACGCGCCUGCGGCUUCGACCAAAAAGGGACGGUUGGUCAAGCUCAAGCUCGGUUCAGGACCGAGUAGCCAGGGUCUCAACAACCAGGCGAGCGCCGCGGCGAUCGAGGAUUUCCUGCGCCUCAACUUUGCGCUGCUCGACGUGAAGAAGUUCCAGCGAGUGAAUGUCGAGGCCGCGCGCAAGAUCCUCAAGAAGCACGACAAGCGGACGGCGUUGACGGCGAGCAACGAUCUGCGCGCGUUCAUGGCGCAGCAGGAAGCGGCGAGGCGGGCGAUGGGCAUCAACCCGGUCGGCAGUGGCGGUGUGAUCAGCCUCCCCGCAUCGGCGUUCCAACACGCAACAGACGUGUCGAACGCCAACUCGACGGCACUCGUCUCCUCUGCCGCCCAUCCUUCCUUGGCUGCUUUACUGCCUUCUGCGACGACGGGGAUCCUGUCCGAAUCGCUGCCGCACAUCCUCCUCUCGCUGGUCACCACCACGCUCCUUCCCAUCCUCCCCGCCGUCGACGACUACAGCUGCGCCAUCUGCACCUCGGUCGCCUGGCGACCCGUCAAGCUCGACUGCUCGCACCUCUUUUGCCUCAGAUGCCUCGUCAAGCUCCAGCGCCAGGGCAAGGACGAUUGCCCCCUCUGCAGAGCCCCCGGUGCCGUCAAGACCGCCGAUCGAAGGAAUAUGGACGAGGAGUCGGACAAGUAUCUGCAAACGUGGUUCCCGCGCGAGGUCAAGGAGAAGAGCAAGGACAACGAGAAGGAGCGCAGGAAGGAGGAUCUCGAGGCCAUGGGGUUGCGCGAGAAGGAGUGUGUGAUUCAGUGA